AUGACCGGCACCGAUGCAUUACCUGGGAAACUGGUCUAUCAGCUCGAUGUCCUCGACCAAUCGUCGAAAUCGAAGCGGCCUGGCCUAAUAUCCAGGCACUCUACGAAAUCGCGGCAAGAUCUGCCACGGGUCAAGACGUCCCCGCCGCCACAGAGCAAUGAUAGCUGGAAGGACCAACGACGAGUGUGGCCAGAACAAAGCGACCAUGGCUUGACUUGGCUUUUAUUCGCCUGGGUCACCCCGUUGCUGCGACUAGGGCAUCAGAGACCUCUGGAACUGGAUGAUAUCUGGCUCAUGAGCCCCAAUAGAAGUUCGGAGGGACUCUCAAGACGUGUGACAGCUGCACUUGCUACAUAUGUUGCAGCGUCUCAUCCAAAUCCUCUCCGCGCGGCUUUGCUCGACGCCUUCAGAUCCGAAUUGUUACUUGGAGGUGUGGCGCAGCUAUUGUCAACCUUCAUCCACGCUCUUACGCCAUUUGCGCUUCGCUUCCUAAUAGCGUUUGCCACAAGCGUCUAUGGCGGUAAGGAUAAGCCUUUGUCACAGGGCAUCGGUAUCGUGCUCACCAUCACCGCCAUGCAGCUUCUGCAGAGCCUAUGUACAAACCACUGCCUACACUACAGCAUGCUAGUUGGCGCACAGACAAGAUCAGCUCUCACAGCCCUGAUACUCCAGAAAUCAUUGAAGUUGUCGCCACGAGCCAGGGCCAGCGGAUCUACAGCUGUUGUCGAUGGCUCAGAUGGCUGGACGAACGGCAAGAUAACGAAUCUGAUGUCAACGGACACAUCGAGGAUUGACCAAGCUUGCUCUAUUGUACACCCCGUAUGGACGGCCCCUAUCUCGAUUUUGAUGAGCUUGGUAUUGCUUUUCUUCAACCUAUCCUAUGGUGCAUUCUGUGGCUUCCUUGUACUGGCAGCUGCUACGCCCUUGGUCGGUCGCGCUAUGAAGCUCGCUCUCGCAGGCCGCUCCAGCAUCAAUGGCAUCACGGAUGCAAGGGCUACACUUGCUCAGGAGCUGCUGCAGGGAAUCAAGUUCAUCAAAAUAUUUGGAUGGGAAACAGCUUUCGUUUCUCGACACCGAGAUCUUCGCAAGAAUGAGGUUCGGGCUCUGCAGAAGUUGAUCGACCUGCGAAAUACUGUAAUGUCGGCCAGCAUGGCAAUUCCAGUCUUCGCAGCGGCUCCUUCAUUCGCUCUGUACUCCUACCUGGCUGAAGACGUCACUCCUGCAAGAGUGUUUUCGUCCAUUGGGCUCCUCAACUCUCUAAGGCAGCCUCUCGGAAUUCUCACUACAGGGGUUAGCCUCCUCCUAGAUGCUUCGAUUUCGAUCUCGAGGAUAGAGGGUUUUUUGUUGGCGGAGGAAGCUGAGGAGACUUCUCGCUUUGACUCCGAUUCUGAGUUCGCGGUCGUACUUUCGAGCGCCUCCUUCACCUGGGAGGCCUCGAAUCGCAGUCAGCAAGAUGAAUUGAGAGACAAAAAUGGGACCGACAUGAAGCAACAGCCUAUCCUACGGGUGCCGUUCGAGAGGUCCUCAAGUCUGGAAAGUCAGCAGUUCAGCCGGCCAAUAUUGAAAGCCGACUCGCAAGGCGAUGGCGCCGACGAUGUGUUUCGCUUAGCGGAGCUGUCACUAAAGCUGAAGCGCGGCGAACUGGUUGCUGUCGUUGGAGACGUCGGUUCAGGCAAGAGUUCUAUGCUUGCAGCUAUGGCUGGUCACAUGCGAAUGACCUCGGGUGAACUUACAUUUGGUGCCAGGAAAGCUUACUGCGCAGAAGGCGCUUGGAUACAGAAUGCAUCGAUCAGGGAGAAUAUCACUUUCGGACAGGCUUACGAGAGCGACUGGUACCAGGAGAUCAUCGACGCAUGUGCACUCAAGGCUGAUCUAGACUCCUUUGCGGAUGGUGACUUGACAGAGGUUGGCGAGCGCGGAGUCACUCUUUCUGGAGGCCAAAAGCAACGUAUCAACAUUGCUCGGGCGAUCUACUCGGGAGCCGCCAUUGUGUUGAUGGACGACCCGCUUUCCGCGGUGGAUGCCCAUGUUGGCCAACACAUUCUGAAGAAAGCCAUAUUUGGUCUGCUCCGAGGCAAAUGCAGAGUCAUGGCAACUCAUCAGACACAUAUACUCCCCAGUUGCGACAAGAUCAUCCGCGUCGAGAACGGGCGCAUCGUCUCCGUGGAGGUACCAGAUCACGCGGCUAAGCAAAGCAUACGUCGGCAAAUGUCCUUUGGGUCCAAGGAAAAAUCUCGACCUUGUCUCCAGACAGCGCCGGAUAACACGACUAUAAAUCCCACGAACACAAAAGCCUCGUCAUCUUUGAUGAUGCACGAAGAACGGCCCACUCGAGGCGGCGUGCCCGCCAGCGUCUACAGCUACUAUCACAAGGCUACUGGCAAUCCGCUCUCGAUUGGGCUAGUGUUGUGCAUUUUGGCCUUAUUACAAGGCAGCAUCAUCGGGGGAAGCCUUUGGUUGUCGUGCUGGACUUCAUACAUUUAUGAGAUGUCCGACGCCUACUAUCUCGGAAUAUACGCUGCCCUCGGCAUCGUCCAAGCCGGCCUCAUGUUUCUCUUCUGCAAGACAAUCACUUUAUUUGCCACUCGAGCAUCAUACACCAUGCUGGAAGAUGCUCUCGCGUCUGUCGUACGAUCGCCCAUGUCAUUUUUUGACCAAACGCCGCUUGGAAGACUCGUUAAUCGCUUCUCGAAAGACACGGAUACCAUCGACAACACCCUGGCCGAUUCCAUCCGCCUGUUUCUGAUGACCACUGGAUCUACACUGGCCGUGUUCGUAUUGAUCGUGUCAUAUUACCGGCUCUUCGUGUUCGCCAUCCUACCAGUUGUCGCCGCCUACCUGUCGUACACCACCUACUACAGAUCUUCUGCACGAGAGAUGAAAUUCCACGAAAGUACCCUUCGAAGCAAGGUCUUUGCUCAAUUUGGUGAGGCCAUUAACGGGGUCCCCACCAUCAAAUCCUACGGUGCACAUGAUCGUUUCGUCUCACGCCUUUACAGGGCGAUUGAUGAUAUGAACAGCGCCUACAUCCUAUCAUUCUCCUACCAACGCUGGCUUGCCAUUCGUUUGGAUGGCGUUGGACUAAUUCUCGUGCUCACAGCUGGGCUGUUGGCUGUGAGGUCCAGUAUUAGCGUCGAUCCAAGCGUCAUCGGCAUCGUGGUUGCUUGGAUUGUCUCUGUCUCUCAGAUGCUCCAAUUCACCGUCAGGUAUCUGACAGACGUUGAUAGAGACAUGGUGUCCGUUGAGAGACUCCAGUACUAUGGGACCUGUUUGACAAAGGAAGAGCCGGAAAAUGUGACCCGCGUUGAGGUGCCCGCGUCUUGGCCAACAAAGGGACAAAUCUUGUUCGAGAAGGCCUGUCUGCGGUAUCGUGAAGACUUGCCGGACGCUCUACGGGACUUCGAUCUUCAUAUCCGAUCUGGAGAGCGUAUAGGCAUUGUCGGUCGAACUGGAGCGGGCAAGUCUACUAUUCUUGCCGCUCUGCUACGUCUUGUCAAUCUAAGACAGGGCAAAAUUGUCAUCGACGGACUCGACAUUUCUCAGAUACAGCUCGCCAACCUUCGCUCUCGACUUACGGUUGUAUCUCAGGACCCGAAGCUCUUUCGCGGAACGGUACGCUCCAACCUCGAUCCCUUCGAUGAACAUCCGGAUUCAGAGCUCCUACGUGCGAUGCAAAGAGUUCACCUGCAGACCCCUGCUCAGGAGAAGCAUGGCGAGCGUGAUCAGAUCGAUCUGGCGUCUGCUGUAGAAGAAGAUGGUACAAACUUCAGCUUUGGACAACGCCAGCUCCUUGUCCUCGCCCGAGCGCUGGUACGCCACACGCAAAUCACGGUCUUUGACGAGGCUACGACGGCAAUAGACCUGGAGACAGACCGAAAGAUCCAGCAGACGAUCGCAGAGGCCUUUGCCGGGCGGACUUUAAUCUGCAUAGCACAUCGUCUUCGGACCAUCAUCUCCUUUGAUCGUAUCUGUGUCAUGGACGCAGGCCAAAUCGCCGAGCUUGGUACACCCAAGGAAUUGUGGGAAAGGGGCGGUUUGUUUCGACGAUUGUGCGAUCAAAGUGGCAUUGCAGAGAACGACUUCCCUUGA